AUGUUCAUGGCCGUGCAGCCACAGUCUAAUGACGAGGCUGAGAGCGAAUCUGCUCACAAAAGGUGGCCACCAGUACCGGGGCGCAAGAGGCGCUGCAGGCAGGGGUUUUUUGUACUCCCGCCCGUACAACAGCCGCCAAUCUUGGCACAGCGGCAAGCAGUCGAACAAGAACAAGUAAAACAGGAGCAUGAUCGCCAGGUGCCUUCAGAAGGUAGAUCAAGAAGAGGCAGAAGGGGUGCUGAUUUUCCCGCUCUGGACAACCCAAUCGUGGUUUCCCAAGCUCAUGGCGAUGUUAGUAGACAAGCCAGUACUGCUGCCAAGACAAAGGGAUAUGAUGACCCUACCAAGCAGCGAUCAACUUCAUCCUCUACGGAACAAGCUUCGGCUGGUUGCCUGCCACUUAUCAGGAAAUCCUUCCAAAUGCAAAAUGUUUCUCAACAAGCAACCGAAAUCCUCAUGGCCUCAUGGCGAGAGGGAACCCGAAAACAGUACUCUGGCUACCUCGAAAGAUGGCUUCGCUUCUGUCGUCAAGGACAGGUUGAUCCAAUAUGUCCCCCUGUGAACACAGUUUUGGACUUUUUGGCAGAAUUAUACCAUUCUGGCCUUGGCUAUAGUGCACUUAAUACCGCUCGGUCUGCACUCUCAGCUACGGUAGUGACUAAUAAUUCCACUACUGUUGGUAAUCACCCUUUAAUUUGCAGAUUUCUUAGAGGUGUAUUUCAGUUAAGACCGCCCCCAACAAAAUAUACAGAGGUUUGGGAUGUUACCAAGGAAACCAUAAGCAAAUGGAUUAAACAAGUAUUGUCAAACUCUGGCAUUGACGUGUCAGUAUUCAAACCACACAGUACCAGAUCAGCUGCAGUGUCUGUGGCAAAAAGGGCUGAUGUUACUAUAAAUGACAUACUAAAAACAGCAGGCUGGAGCACAGAAAGCACGUUUGCUAAGUACUAUGACAAAGCUAUUGUCAUCCCAGCAACUGAGUCUUUUGCCAGUGCUGUACUUCAAUUGUAG